AUGGAUCCACCGCACAACCCUUUCAAUUUCCAUCUAGGGCCGCCGGCUUCCCAUGGUGUCCAUAGCCACCCGCCGGAACCUACGCCGAGUCCGCCGCAAAGUGUACCAGGCCGCAGAACUCCACUCGGUACGGUGGGCCUCGGUGGAUUCUACGCCCAGCCGCACGCAUCCUCUUCCAUCCAUACGGAUGAAAAUCGUCCCUCAGGAAGCUCUGAAAGCCCACCGCCCCAUCAUCACGCAUCCGUCCCGCCAGGUGGCACCGGAAAGCAGAAAAACCGGCAGGGGAAAUCAGUCCGACUGAACAUUAACGCACGCGAACGUCGAAGAAUGCACGAUCUGAACGACGCACUGGACGAGCUGCGUAGCGUUAUACCCUACGCACAUUCGCCCUCGGUGCGCAAACUUUCCAAGAUUGCCACGCUGCUGCUGGCGAAGAACUACAUUCUCAUGCAGGCGAAUGCCUUGGAUGAGCUCAGAAGACUGCUAGCGUACAUACAGAGUGCUGCCGGUGCCAGUAUCCCAACGGUGGAUUUACGCACGAUGCCUUCGGCCCUCAAGCUGCAGCAACUGCUGCAAGCUCCCCAUCAGGAUCUAACCCUCCAGCAGGUCGGUGGAACUUCUUCAACCAGUACGACAAGUCAACCACCGCCACCGCCUCCGCCUGCUCCCAGUCAGAAUCCUUAA